UCGACGGAACGUCCACCAUCUCCGCCUCCCCAUUCCCCACCUCCUCCGCCCGGUCUCCAGACGCGGCGCGGCGGGCAUGGAGGUCGACGAUGCGGCGCCGCGCGGCGGGGGCAGGGGCGGGGAGCCGCCCCGCAUCCGGCGACUGGAGGAGUCGGUGGUGAACCGCAUCGCCGCAGGGGAGGUGAUCCAGCGGCCCUCGUCGGUGAUGAAGGAUCUCGUGGAGAACAACAUCGACGCCGACUCCUUCACCAUCUCCAUCACCGUCAAGGACGGCGGCCUCAAGCUCAUCCAGGUCUCCGACGGCGGCCACGGCAUCUGGAUGGAGCUCAUUUUGGCUGAGUUUGCUACCGAGUUGCCACAUUUUGAGGGCAUGCAAUUGAAGAAUACACCACUUUUUGCCAACGAUACUAGAGUAAUCAUAUCUACUGCAAGCGAGAUGUAUUUUCUUUUUGUUGGAGAUAUUCUGCAUCUUAAUUUUAUGGACAGUAACAUUUUAGACAUCAAUUUGAUGUCCUAACCAUCAAGAUCAACUUCGACAUGUCUGGUCUCUAGAAGUUACUGUUGACCAUCAUUGGUGCAUCUUGUAAGGAUAUAUACCUAGAAGUAUGUGGUCGUGAUUUACAACUCACUAACAGAGUUGCUAAUCCUUAGUGCGUACCUUGUCACCGGUGGCCUCCUGCUCAGGCUCGCGACCAAGAUGAACGUCAUCGGCAAUGGUGGUGCCGCGUGUGAGAUCCUCCUCCCUAACAAGGCCGUCGUUGCAUCAUCUACUCUCUGCCGCUGGAUCCCCUCCUCUCCGACAAGGCCACCAUAGGAUCCCCUCUUCUCCGACAAGGACAUGGUGAGCACCCCUCCAGCCGAGUCCGCCUCGGCUCUGGUCUCGGCGCUCGCAGCUCUGGUCGUACAAGUGCCUAAUAUAACCUCCCUUGUCUCCCUUCGCGGAUCAUCUCCAAGAAGAACCGCCCGAGAUCUGCAAGUACCUCUUCAAGGGUGCAAGGAGAUGAUUGCAUGGAGCAUCUCAUGGGAUAAUAUAAGAGGCAACAGUAGAGAAGAAGAUACGAAACAAAAGGAUGAUCUGAAGCACCCAGAAGAAGUAGAGGACAUGACAGGAGGAGGGAACAAGAAGUUUUGUUUAUCAUUGAUGUUAUGUGUGAUCAACAAAAACUUGAACUUUUAUGUGUAGAGGAGUCGAUGGAUGAUGUAUUGUAAUUCGUGUGAUGUGCUACUGAAAUAAAAUAUAUACAACUAAUUUGCAAUCUUUA